AUGUGCCAGUACUUCAGAUAUCAAGGAAUCUCUGACGACGUCAUAAGAUUAAGACUGUUUCCACAUACUUUAAGGGACAAGGCGAUUGAAUGGCUUGAUUCUCAGCUGAUAGCUAGCAUUACUACCUGGAAUGACCUAGCUCAGAAGUUCUGUACUAAGUUCUUCCCACAGGCCAAGAUAGCAAAGCUAAAGCACGACAUAUCUAUCUUUAGGCAAGCAUUGAAAUUAUAUGAGACAAUGGCUACAACCUCAGCAAUGUGGAGCAUGGAACGAGCAGUACCAAAGAAGACACCAGGAGUUUAUGAAGUGGAUGCAUAUUCAGUGUUAUCUGCUAAGAUUGAUUCCUUAUUUCACAAGAUGGAACACAUUACCCAGUUAGCUAACGCAGCGCAGACAAAGAAGGCAAAUUGUGAGGAAUGUGGAGCUGAGCAUGUGACAGCAGAAUGCCCAAUUUUGGCACAAGGAAAAGAGCAAAUGGCAGUUGCAUUAACAGGUAGAGCAUCCAGCAGCCUGUCAAGUAACACAGAAGUCAAUCCGAAAGAGCAUGCAAAGGCUAUAACAAUGAGAAGUAGAGUGGAAUUACCUGAGAGACAAGUGAAUAAUCCCAUGGCAAACAAAGAAGAGAUGUCUCCUGAAGUAGAAGAGAUUUUGGAGCAAAAAGAGCAGACAAAAGAGCCAACACCGAGAGCAAAUAAAGGAAACUCAAGGGAUAAAGAAACUGUAGCUGUGAACCCCUAUGAACCACCCAUAUCGAAGCUAGGAGACCAUGAGACAGUAAUGCUUACGGAGGAAUGCAGUGCUAGAAUCCAGAAAAAGCUCCUACCAAAACUGAAAGAUUCAGGGAGUUUCACUAUACCUUGCACAAUUGGUGAUUUUUAUUUUGAUAAAGCAUUAUGUGAUCUAGGUGUGAGUAUUAACUUGAUGCCACUCUCUAUUUUCAGGAAACUAGGAUUGGGAGAGCCUAAGGCAACCACAGUAACUCUACAGCUAGCUGAUCGAUCACUUACACAUCUACGAGGAAUUAUUGAAGAUGCAAUGAAAUACCCCAACGAGCCUGAAAGUUGUUUCCAGAUUGAAGUACUUGACAUAGGAAUCUCCUAUAAUUUUGAGUUGAAGAAACAGCCAAACAUUCAUGAGGCCUGUAUAGUACACUCUCCAUCCGUUCUUAUCGAUUCAAAGGAGAUUAAGACAUUCAAUGUGGGAUUUCAUACGGAUGAGGAGAGAAUGACAAAUCACUUGGAGAAAGACAGGGAUGAAAUUUAG